AUGGAUAUGAAAAAGGCCUAUGAGAAAUUACUUUCUAAAACCAUUUUGGCAAACAAGUAUAUGGAUGAGCAGAUUUUGAAAGAAUUAGGUAUUUAUAAUUCUGUCUUUGCCUAUUUGGAUGUUGUUAGCUGGACUGAUUUUGCUAAAAUUAGGGAACCAGUAUACAAGGAUCUAACCCUCGAAUUUUUGAGUUCCCUAAAGUUGAGUUUCAAACCAACAGUGCCUGAACAUAGAGAUAUGAUUUAUUUUCGAUGUGCUGGAAUUGACAGGGAGUUAGAUAUAGGUGCUUUGAAUGCCAUUUUUGGUUUUCAGGAUUCGGGGUAUAAAAACAUUGAGUGGCAGCAAACUGUUUAUGACCCUGUUCAAUUCUGGAAAGAUAUUGCACCAUUUGGAGAAAAUAGGCCAUACAUAUACUCACAUGAAAGACCUGAUACCCCAGCUACUGAACACCCCACCACUUUUGCAACUACUGAACCACAACCAACCUCUACCCCACACUUCUCAGCAGACAUGUUAUCCAUCUUAAAAUCCUUGGAAUCCAGGAUAACAAAUUUCACUGUCCAACCAUCUGCUCCCUCACCUGAUACCACAGAAAUUCUUGCUUCCUUGAAAAACUUAGAAAUCAAAAUUGAAGCCAUGGGUCAAGAUUCUCUUCGGGAAUGUACUGCUACGUGCAGGCAAUCCGUGUUGCUGAUUCCUUCAAUUUUCUGUCUUAAUUCAAUUUUCCCGCAAAUCCCCGAUAUAUUGCAUUUCUUGUACAGAUAUCAUGCUUUGCCUGGCCUGCAGUGCCAUGGUUAUUGCAGCCGAGGAUGCAUACUAUCUGUUGUACUAUGGAUCCCCUCUGGUUGCUUCACUUCUUGUGAUAAGAACUCUGUGCGGGGCUCCGAUUGUCUUCAUUUUUUGAUUUACAAAUGGCAAAGAAGACAUUUAUCAAUGUCUGAUUCAGUUGAAGAGUUUCUACAAGGUCACAAUAAUCUCAUGCCAAUUCGGUACUCCUACUCACAGAUUAGGAAGAUGACUAAUGAUUUCAAGGACAAAUUGGGAGGAGGCUAUGGUUCUGUAUGUAAAGGGAAGCUUCAAAGUGGCAACCUUGUUGCAGUUAAGAUGUUAGGUAAAUCUAAAGCAAAUGGGCAAGAUUUUAUCAAUGAAGUGGCUACCAUAGGGAGGAUUCAUCAUGUUAAUGUCGUGCGACUAAUUGGUUUUCGUGCUGAGUGUUCAAAACAUGCUCUUAUAUAUGACUUCAUGCCAAAUAGAUCACUCCAUGGAUAUAUUAUUUCUCAAGAAAAUUCUCCCUCUUUAAGCUGGGAAAAAAUGCAUGAGAUUUCUCUCAGAGUGGCUCGUGGCAUUGAAUACCUACAUCAAGGUUGUGAUAUGCAGAUCAUCCAUUUUGACAUUAAACCACACAACAUCCUUCUUGAUGAGAAUUUCACACCCAAAAUUUCUGAUUUUGGGCUAGCCAAAUUGUAUCCAACUAAUGACAUCAUUCUAUCUCUCACAACAGCAAGAGGAACAAUAGGAUAUAUAGCACCAGAAUUGUACUACAAAAACAUUGGAGGCGUCUCAUACAAAGCCGAUGUUUAUAGCUUCGGUAUGCUGCUAAUGGCAAUGGCUAGUAAAAGGAAGAAAAAUGCAGUAACACAAAAUUCAAGCCAAACCUACUUUCCUUUUUGUGUCUAUGACCAAGUUCUUGAUGGGAAGGAAAUAGAGGUUGAAGAUGCCACAGUAGAUGAAAAGAAGAUACUGGAAAAAAUGGUUAUGGUUGCAUUGUGGUGUAUACAAGUGAAUCCCAUGAACCGUCCUCCAAUGAAUGAAGUUGUGAAGAUGUUGGAAGGAGAAUUAGAAAGCCUACAGAUACCCCCUAUGCUUUUUCUAUAUCCUGAAGAAACGUUGGUAAACCAUGUUGGAGAUGAUACAAAUCCAACCUGUUCAUCAUCUGCAUCCGUGUGGAAUCUAUAGAAUUAAUGAGUUUCAUUGCUAAUGGAACAUGAAGUAUUGAACUAGUAAAUUGGUUUGUUCCCAUGCAUUUUUUAGCAGUGAGAUUUGUCCUAGAUACUUGGGAGCUUAGUUGUUGUUGUCAUUUUGUGUAUUUUGAUGUAAACUAGUUAGCAUGUUAGUCAACUUUUGUUAGGUUCAAAUUUACUCUUUAAUUGCCCACGCAUUACAAGGGUAUGAUCAUUUUGGGUGACUGUAUGUCUAUCAGAGCGAACUGAUAAAAUAUCAUACAUCUUGGUGCAAGAUGAGAAGGGCAUGAACCCCAAAUACGUGCUGGAAUGGAUGACAUAGAUUUGUUAUCUAGGAUUCCCAAGGCAAGGAAUGUUAUAAUCAUAGUGUCCCAAAUCAUUGUUUCUUGGUGUACAAUUGAAGAAGGUAUAGUCCCAACGGCGAUUUUGAUUGAAUUGCAAAGAAGCGGAAGAUAAUUGAGGGUUGUGAGAUAUCUUGGCAGACAAAUAUUGGAUCAGCUGGGACUUGUAAUCAAUUUCCUUGACAUAAAGUUUCACUGAAAUUGGCAGGUUCAAAAGAGUCUGCUGGUUUUCUGUGCAAUAUAGAUCAAACCCAGGGUACCACAGUAGCUUGGCUGGCGAUCUUUAAGCCAAAUGGGAAAUCGGACCAUUGAACCAUUCUUACUGCAACUUGUUUCGAGGCACUCCUCUUCCCCAGCUACAAUCUCUGCGCAGCUCACUGCCAAAAUGAGGCAGAACAUAAACGCGAAUGUGAUCAUAAUUUUGCAAGCUUUACCCAUCUUGGACCUCUAAGCUACUCUGUUUUAGAUUGAUGGCUUUGUACUAGUUAUUACUAGUGAGGUUUAACUCUGGAUAUUAAAAUAAAGGGCACUAUUUGUCCCAGUUUUAACUAAAUAAAGUUUCCCUUUUCCAUUUGGUUGUUCUUGUACUUUUUACCAAGAUAUCAAUGAAAUUCAAUCGAACAACAAAUUAAAAUAUAGGAUCAGAACCAGAAAUCCUGCUCGUUCCAGUUCAAGAUUCAUGGAGUUUGAAAUCGGUUUGUAGGGUCUUUUAAUUUUAGUUGGGUUUUUAUUUUUAUUCCAUUUUGUUUAAUUUUAAUCUUAACUAAAUAUAGCGGCUGAAAUUAUCAUAAAAAUUUUUACUUCAUCAUUGUAUCUCUCACAGCAGUAAGAGGAAUAAUAGGAUAUAUAGCACCAGAAUUGU